UAAAAUUUUAUUUAGAAGUUAGAAGUAAACAAUUUAGUCGGUGAACAAUUAAAAUUGCAAAAUUAAAAGUUUUAAGAUUAUAAAGUGCAAAAGAUUAUAAGUCAUAAGUAAACAAGUUUAGUGGGUACCUAUAGAAUUAAAAUUGUAACGUUACAAAUUUAUCGCAAAAUAUGGAAGCAUCACUGGCAAAACCCCAGGCAAAACAAGUAGCUGCAGGAGAUGCUAUGGAAGUAAAUUCUAGUGAAGUCAGUACUGAAGUAGAAUCAUUUGAAAAUUUGGAAUAUGAGGAAGACGAAGUAUUUUUUCAAGACAUUGAUUUGUUAGCCGAACACGGUGUACGCGAGGAUGAUAUAAAAUCCAUUAAGAAUAUGGGAAUAAAUACAAUCAAAGGUUUGCAAAUGACAAUGAGAAAGAAAUUAUUAGAAAUAAAAGGAAUUACCGAGGAAAAAAUUGACAAAAUUAAAGAGGCGUGUUGCAAGAUAUCUUUAAGCAAUGUGUUUAUGACUGCUUUGGAAGUUUCUGACCAAAGAAAGCAAGUCUUUAAGCUUCAUACUGGAAGUUCCCAUCUGGAUAAAUUAUUAGGAGGCGGAAUUGAAUCGAUGUCAAUUACAGAAGUUUUUGGUGAAUUUAGAACAGGAAAGACUCAAUUAUCCCACACCCUAUGCGUUACAGCACAGAUGCCAGGUGCUAAUGGAUAUCUUGGAGGAAAAGUCAUGUUUAUUGAUACUGAACACACUUUCCGGCCCGAACGGUUACGUCCUAUAGCUGAAAGAUUUAAUCUGGACCAAACUGCUGUUAUGGAAAAUAUUCUAUAUGCCAGAGCUUAUAACUCAGAGCACCAGUUCGAGAUUUUAAACUUAGUGGCCGCUAAAUUCCAUGAAGAAAGCGGUAUCUUUAAACUGCUUAUCGUCGACUCCAUAAUGGCGCUUUUCCGUGUGGACUACUCAGGCAGAGGAGAAAUAGCCGAUCGUCAACAAAAACUUGGUCAAAUGUUAUCCCGUCUGCAAAAAAUCAGCGAAGAGUUUAAUGUUGCAGUUUUUAUUACUAACCAGAUAGCUUCUGAUUUUUCUGCGGCACAGCUCGAGCCAGAUCUGCCCAAACCAGUCGGAGGAAAUGUUCUUGCUCAUGCAUCUACCACAAGAUUGGCUUUGCGAAAAGGUAAAGGCAACAGAAGAAUAGCCAGAUUAUAUGACAGUCCAGAUUUGGAGGAAAAUGAAGUUUCCUAUAUUAUUACUAAUGGAGGUAUUGAUGAUCCAAAAACCAUGGAGUGAGAUAUGACUGCUAUAAGUAUAAGUAUUUAGUAUCAAUGUUUGUUUAAUUAUUUAAGUUUAAAUUAUUAUUUUUAAAUUUGGUUUUAUUCAAAAGUACAGUAAGUAAAAUCUCUUAUUUACGGAUGAUACAUUUCAUAAAUGCACCGUGAAUUCAGAAUGUAUAUUAUUUAUUAUUAGCAUAAUGGAGUCGACUCUUGAUAAUAAUAUUAAUUAUUGAAUGAAUUUUUAUUCAGUAUACAGUAUGGUGCAAAUAAAAGGAAUAAAUUCGUUAUUUCCUAAGUUAGACACUUCAAGAAAAAAUCUCGAAACAGGUCGAUUUUUAUUUUUAAAUUAUUAUUUUUUGACAUAUAUAUCAUACUAGUGACGUCGUGCAUCUGGGCAUGAUGAUGCAAUUAAUGACUUUCGUAAAUGAGAAUAGGGGUCGUGUGCUAGCUUACUUGAAAGCUUCUCUAUUCAGUACUAUAAACAAUAACGUAAUUAAUUAUACAGGGUUUCAAAACAAUGUUUUUGAAUUAAAUUAAUUGACACAAAAAUAAGAAUGUAUGUAAUUUAUUUAAUUAAAAAUACAUUUAACUGCCGUCAAAAAAAAAACAGAAAAAAUGUAUUCACGUGGGUGGCAGCUUGAACAUUGAAUUUAAGAGAAAAAUAAUAUUAAUUUGGCAAAUAAACAUGUUUUUAUGUGUUCCGGCAGCGUUAAAAUGUAUUUUGAAUUAAAUAAAUUACAUACAUUCUUCUUUUUGUGACAAUUAAUUUAAUUCAAAAGAAAUUUUUUUGGACACCCUGUAUAAAUAAUUAUGUUAUUGUUUAUGUUACUGAAUAGAGAAUUGAAUAAACUUUCAAAGGAGCUAGCACACGACCCCUAUUCUCAUUAAAAACAUCAUCGAUUACAUCAUCGCGCCCAGGUGGAUGACGUAACGAGUAUGAUAUAUAUUAUGUCAAAAAAUCAUAAUUUAAAAAUAAAAAUUGACCUAUUUCAGGAUUUUUCCCUAAAGUCUCCGACUUGCGAAAUAACGAAUUUAUUCAUUUGAUUUGCAGCAUACUGUAUACAUUCAGUGUAUGUUGAUACAAUAAAUAAUAUAUUAAAAGUUUUCAAAUUUUAUUAAGUAAAUAAAGUGAAAAUAAAUACGUAAUAAAAUAUAAGUAUAAGAAUAUAAAAUAAUAAAAAUAA